AUGUCUCUCCCAAAGACGUAUAAGGCGUGGCAGGUCAAGGAGGCAGGCGCCCCUCUGCAACUCCAGACGGUGGAGUCGAAGGCGCCGGGUAAAGGCGAGGUCCUCGUCAAGGUGCUCGCCUGCGGCAUCUGCCACUCGGACGUCGGCAUGCAAAAAGGCGAAUUCGGCCCCGUCCACCCACGCGUGCCAGGACACGAAAUUGUAGGCGACAUCGUCGCCGUCGGCGAGAGCGUGUCGAGGUUCACGGGCCACGACGGAACCUGCGCAACAUGCCAGCUAGGCCAAUUCCAAUCCUGCCAAAACGGCCCAAUCAACGGCGUCACCCGCGACGGAGGCUACGCAGAAUACGUCACCCUCCGCGCCGAAGCCGUCGUCCGCGUCCCAGCAGACCUCGACCCCGCCGAGACGGCGCCCCUCCUCUGCGCCGGCGUCACCGUCUUCAACGGCAUCCGCAAGAUGGAGAUCCCACAGGGAAGCCUCGUCGCCGUCCAAGGCCUCGGCGGCCUAGGCCACCUCGCCGUGCAGUACGCCACCAAGAUGGGCUACCGCGUCGCGGCCAUCAGCUCCGGCGCCGCGAAAGCGCAAUUCGCGUCUGAGCUGGGCGCCGAGUACUUCAUCGACAGCAGCGUCGAGGACCCCGUGGCGAGGCUCAAGGCCCUGGGCGGCGCCGCGCUCGUGGUCGCGACGGCGCCGAACGCAAAGGCAAUUAGCCCCCUCACGGGCGCGCUGCGGGCGCGCGGCAAGUUGUUGGUGCUCGCGCCGGUUGGGAAUAUCGAAAUCAACUCGUUGCAUUUGAUCGCGGGCGGCUGUUCGGUUCACGGUUGGCCUAGCGGGCACGCGGGGGAUUCGGAGGACGCGAUCGAGUUCUCGAGAAAGCAGGGCGUCAAGUGCCUGAUUGAGAAGUUUCCCUUGGGCGAGGCGCCUGAAGCGGUGGAGCGUAUGAUGUCGAAUAAGGUGCGCUUUAGGAGCGUGCUGGUCAUGGACUGA